AUGUCUGAUAUUUUAUCUACACCACAAACUACCCAACUUGAAGCUAUUCCUGUCGAUCUAACUCCUUUGGAUAUUCCAGAUUAUAAAAAUAUUUGUGCUUUCACGAUUGAUAAUGUAUGUACUCCUGAAGAAUGUGACGCUCUAAUCAAACUUUCUGAAACAGACGGUUAUGAAGCAGCAUUAGUAAAUAUUGGUGGGGGUCAACAACAACUAAUGACUGAUGUACGUAAAAGUUCACGUUACAUUAGGGAUGAUGUUAAACUUGCUUCAGAUUUAUGGUCACGAAUAUCAAAAUUUGUGCCGGCUACUUGGUCAAAAGAAUCAUUUCCUGUUAUUGGGUUAAAUGAAAGAUUAAGAUUCUUAAGAUAUGAUCCUGGAGAACGUUUUAAACCACAUCAAGAUGGACCUUAUCAACGUCCGGAUGGAUCAGAAACAACUUUUGUUACUGUACAAUUAUAUUUAAAUGAUGAAGGAUUAGAAGGUGGUGAAACUUCUUUUUUAAACUUUACGGGGAAUAAAGUCAAAGUUACUCCGAAAACUGGAAUG